AUGAAGGUGGAGGAGGAAAAGGCUGGGGUAGGGAAGCUGGACCCUGCUAACUACAGGAGGCGAUGUCAGGAUCAGGAAGACUGCCGUUCCAUCCACAUUGGGCUUUCAGUCCCCAGUUACCCUCAAAGGAAGAGAGACCAGAAGGAGCAUCUUUCAGGCCUGCAAAAGGUCCGCUGGGGCCUGAGGCCGGAUAAGCCACAGCAGGGACUGGCAGGUGCCAGCAGCAGUGUGGACCAUGUCAGCAGGACGCGGUCUCCAGCUGCUGAGCAGCUCCAGGACAUCCUGGGGGAGGAAGAUGAGGCUCCCAACCCCACCCUCUUCACAGAAAUGGACACACUGCAGCAUGAUGGAGACCAGAUGGAGUGGAAGGAGUCGGCCAGGUGGAUAAAGUUUGAAGAAAAGGUGGAGGAAGGAGGCGAACGCUGGAGCAAGCCCCACGUGUCCACACUGUCCCUGCACAGCCUCUUUGAGCUCCGGACCUGCCUGCAGACGGGGACGGUGCUGCUGGAUUUGGACAGCGGCUCCUUACCGCAGAUCAUAGAUGAUGUCAUUGAGAAGCAAAUUGAGGACGGCCUCCUUCGGCCAGAGCUCCGCGAGAGGGUCAGCUACGUCCUCCUGAGGAAACACCGUCACCAAACCAAGAAGCCCAUCCACCGCUCCUUGGCCGACAUCGGAAAGUCGGUCUCCUCCACCACCAAUCGCAGCCCAGCGCGGAGCCCGGCGGCGGGCCCGAGCCUGCAUCGCUCCACCGAGGACCUGAGGAUGCGGCAAAGCGCGCAUUACGGACACCUGUGUCACGCCCAGAGCAGAAGCAUGAAUGAUAUUUCUCACACCCCAAAUACAGACCAGCUGAAAAACAAAUUCAUGAAGAAGAUCCCCAAGGACUCAGAAGCCUCCAAUGUGCUAGUGGGUGAGGUGGACUUCCUGGACCAGCCGUUCAUCGCCUUCGUGCGUCUCAUCCAGUCUGCCAUGCUGGGAGGAGUGACCGAGGUCCCUGUCCCCACCAGAUUUUUGUUCAUACUGCUGGGACCUUCUGGGAGAGCAAAAUCCUACAAUGAAAUUGGCAGAGCCAUUGCAACCCUCAUGGUAGAUGACCUCUUCAGCGACGUGGCCUACAAAGCCCGGAAUCGGGAGGACCUGAUCGCCGGGAUCGAUGAGUUUCUGGACGAGGUCAUCGUGCUUCCCCCUGGAGAGUGGGACCCAAAUAUCCGAAUCGAGCCACCCAAGAAGGUCCCUUCCGCCGACAAGAGGAAAUCCGUGUUCUCCCCGACUGAGCUAGGCCAGAUGAACGGCUCUGUUGGGGGAGGCGGUGGAGGGGCCGCAGGGGGCGGCGCCGGAGGCGGAGGCGGAGGCGGAGGCGGAGGCGGAGGCGGAGGCGGAGGCGGCGGCGGCGGCGGUAGCGGGGCCGCCGGAGGCAGCAGCGGGGAUGACGGAGAGAUGCCCGCGGUGCACGAGAUCGGGGAAGAGCUCAUCUGGACGGGAAGGUUCUUCGGUGGCCUGUGUCUGGAUGUCAAGAGGAAGCUGCCCUGGUUCCCCAGUGACUUCUACGAUGGCUUUCACAUUCAGUCCAUCUCUGCCAUCUUAUUCAUCUACCUUGGCUGCAUCACCAACGCAAUCACCUUUGGUGGGCUUCUGGGGGAUGCCACUGACAAUUACCAGGGAGUGAUGGAGAGUUUCCUGGGCACCGCCAUGUCUGGCGCCUUGUUCUGCCUCUUCUCGGGGCAGCCUCUUAUCAUCCUCAGCAGCACAGGGCCCAUCCUCAUCUUCGAGAAGCUCCUCUUCGACUUCAGCAAAGGCAAUGGCCUGGACUACAUGGAGUUCCGCCUCUGGAUUGGCCUACACUCAGCCGUCCAGUGCCUUAUCCUGGUGGCCACAGAUGCCAGCUUUAUCAUCAAGUAUAUCACCCGCUUCACUGAGGAGGGUUUCUCCACCCUCAUCAGCUUCAUCUUCAUCUACGAUGCCAUCAAGAAGAUGAUCGGUGCCUUCAAGUACUACCCCAUCAACAUGAACUUUAAGCCUGACUCCAUCACCACCUACAAAUGCGAGUGCGUCGCCCCGGAUACAGCGAAUACAUCCUCAUUCAAUGCUUCAGCCACGCUGCCACCAAACACCAACACUUCUCUGUACAACCCCCUUAACCUCACAGCGCUGGACUGGUCCCUGCUGAGCAAAAAGGAGUGUUUGAACUAUGGUGGGCGCCUACUCGGGAACUCCUGCCAGUUUAUCCCAGACCUGGCACUCAUGUCCUUCAUCCUUUUCUUCGGGACAUACUCCAUGACCCUGACCCUGAAGAAGUUCAAAUUCAGCCGCUAUUUCCCUACCAAGGUUCGGGCCCUGGUAGCCGACUUUUCCAUCAUCUUCUCCAUCCUGCUGUUCUGUGGAAUUGACGCCUGUUUCGGCCUGGCAACCCCCAAGCUGCUCGUGCCCAGCGUCAUCAAGCCCACGCGGCCUGACCGAGGCUGGUUCGUGGCCCCCUUUGGGAAGAACCCGUGGUGGGUGUACCUGGCGAGCAUCCUGCCCGCCUUGCUGGUGACCAUCCUGAUCUUCAUGGACCAGCAGAUUACGGCCGUCAUAGUCAACCGGAAGGAGAACAAGCUGAGGAAGGCUGCUGGCUACCACCUGGACCUGUUCUGGGUGGGCAUCCUCAUGGCUCUGUGCUCCUUCAUGGGGCUCCCCUGGUAUGUGGCUGCCACGGUCAUCUCCAUUGCCCACAUCGACAGCCUCAAGAUGGAGACGGAGACCAGUGCCCCUGGGGAGCAGCCACAAUUCCUGGGGGUCAGGGAACAGAGAGUGACGGGCACCAUCGUCUUCAUCCUGACAGGGAUCUCCGUCUUCCUGGCUCCCAUCCUGAAGUACAUCCCUCUGCCCGUGCUGUAUGGAGUCUUUCUCUACAUGGGUGUGGCCUCCCUGAAUGGCAUCCAGUUCUGGGAUCGCUGCAAACUCUUCCUGAUGCCAGCCAAGCACCAGCCAGACCAUGCCUUCCUGCGGCACGUGCCCCUGCGCCGGAUCCAUCUCUUCACCCUGGUGCAGAUACUCUGCUUGGCUGUGCUCUGGAUCCUCAAGUCCACGGUGGCCGCCAUCAUCUUCCCAGUCAUGAUCCUGGGCCUCAUCAUUGUUCGAAAGCUUCUGGACCUCAUCUUCUCCCAGCACGAUCUAGCCUGGAUUGACAACAUCCUCCCAGAGAAGGAGAAGAAGGAGGCAGAUAAGAAGAAGAAGAGAAGAAAAGGGGCCCAAGAGGACAGUGAUGAGGAGCCCCAGUUCCCUCCUCCCUCAGUUAUAAAGAUUCCCAUGGAAAGUGUCCAAUCAGAUCCCCAAAUCGGUAUCCACUGCAUUACCAGAAAAAGAUCUUCCAGUUGGAGUUACUCACUCUGAUUCUUCCUUCAGUGAUUCAGAACUCGACCGAAGCAUCACCCUGCACUUCAAAAUUUCCUGUCCGGCUUCGCCUGCCUUCAACUACGCACAGAGCCCGGUCUUCAUGGUGCCGCAGGUGAAGAUCGAGAUGGAGUCGGACUGUGACUUCACAGACGUGGACAGAUUUGCAAGAGACGCUGAUGGCGAGACAACCCUCUAGGUCGGAGCUUCCCCCAGGUGGGGCACAAUCUGUCCUCAUUGUGAGCUUCUGGGCCAAAACCAUUCACUUUUCUGAGCCUGUUUCCUUAUUUACCAAACAGAGGGAGUGAUUUCGCUUGACAGAAAACUGGAGAUCUGUUGACAAAAAGUACUGCUUACGUGCAAAGCCCUUCGUUUCCCUUUGUAGUUAUGAAAAUAACUAAAGCUAAAUGUUACAUCUAAUUUUAAAAUGCAGUCCAGCAUAGAAAUUAUAACAUUUCUUUUGAAAUGAAAAAAAUGCUUGCCUCUUAAAACUGUAGCUAAGAUAAAGGGGCAAUAGUCAAUUUUUCUUUAAAACAAGUAUCAGCUAAGAUUUUUUUUUAAAGCUUAGAUUUUAAACUAUCUAGAUGGUCUUGAAAGAACUGUUAAAAUACUUGUAC